CCUCUCCAUCACCCUUUCAGAGCCCUCAAAUAUCUCAUUCCCUGAUUUCAAACUAAUCUGAUCUCUAGCUAGUGUUCAAUAUUUUGAAAACUGAAGUUGAAAAUGUCGUUCUUUGGGAUAUUACAGUCGCUGUUAUUUGUGUCCUUUUUCCUCAUCAAAUGUGAUGGCACUGAUGAUGAGUUCCUUGUGAAUGCGACUUUGGUACGGAGUGAUCCUGAAGCGGUCUGCUUGACGGGAAAACCAGCAGCAUAUUACUUCGACCAUGGAUUUGGUGAUGGAGUGCGCAAUUGGCUUGUGUAUCUUGAGGGAGGAGCAUGGUGCAACUUGCCGGAAUAUUGUGCAACUGCAUAUGCUCACACUAGAAAUCUUACCCUAGAUCCCAAGCCGUACUCCUUUAAAGACAUCCUGAGCAAAAAAAAAGAGGAGAAUCCAGAUUUCUUCAACUGGAACAGAGCUGUGAUUUGGUAUUGUGAUGGUUCAUCUUUCACGUCAGACUCACAAAAAGUCUACGAGUACAAUGGCACCAAGAUCUAUUUCAGAGGCGCACGCAUAUACAAAGCAGUAAUGCAUGAGUUGCUUUACAAGUUGGGAAUGACAACGGCGAAAAAUUGAAGUAAACACCUCCUUAGUAGGCGGUUCAGCGGGAGGAGUGGCGGUGACGCUACAUUGUGAUGGAUUUCAUGAUCUUUUAUCGCACGCUACCAGAGUAAAAUGUUUGUCUGAUGCUGGAUACUUUUUUCCUUCGAAAAAGUAUGGGCAUGGAGAAAUAUUCACUCAAACUUUUCAAGGACUAAUGGCACAUGGGUCAAUUAAAGCCUUGCCCGAAGAAUGCACAUCCAGAAUGAGUCCAUAUCUGUGUUUCUUCCCUCAAAAUGUACAAGAACACAUCAAAACGCCCAUCUUCUUCCUGAUGUCCGCAUUUGAUACGGUUCAGGUAACAUGGACCUUUUCAGGGAAUGAUACAAUAAAGAAGUGUCUCACUACUUCCCUGAAUUGCUCAACUGACAUUAUUAAAACAUUGCAAGGAACAGGGAGCACAUCACGGGUAAUUAUACCAAUUUGGCUUGAAAGCUUUGCCGACUCUUCAGGGUUUUGAGGCCUUCCAAUUACUGGAUCUUCAGUUUAGUCUUAGACAAAGCAUAUGCCUUCAUGAUCCCCUUGCCCAUCGUUUGACCACGUACUCGCUUUGUAGGACGUGAAGUUGAAUCUGUAACACAUUUGUUUAAAAACAGUAACCACUUUAAAAACAGUUGCCAAGUAAAACAAUCUAUUAUGUAUUUUAGCUUAAUGUUUCAUCACUUACCAAUUUUUUCCAUCCUCUGUAUUUGUUAUUUUCCUCUCUUAUUUUUCUGUUUUUUUCAUGUUUACCACUAUUCCAUUCUAUUUGACUACACAUUAAGUAGUUUAAUAUAUUAAAUUGAUUAGUAUAGUUAGUACUUAGUAUACUUUAAUAGAGUUUCAUAAGUUCUCAGUAUAGCUAUAUACUUUUGAUGAACAUCCAUCCAUGCAAAUGACCUAACUAUUAUAUAUUGGUUCUUCCCAUAAUCAGAUUCAUAUACUAAACAUACAAACAACUAAUUAUACAUCAACAUUUAACUUCCAUCUGUAUAUUCUAUUAGAGGUUGCAUGAGUGUAAAAAAAAUGUGGUCCAGGAAUUCUAGCUACUCAAUAUACAAAAAUGUGUUAUACCUCCAAGCACAUUUGUUUGUGGUGUUUGGCCACGUAUGCUCUCAGUUGGUGCAGGUUCAACAUUUUGAUUUGAUGCAGUGCCAUGCCUUGGACUAAGAGGACGUCCAGUGUUAAAUGUUGUCUCAUUGGAUGCCACAUGUGUUUUGUCUAGAGGUCUUUUGGUUGUUGCUUUUGUAGUUGUCGAAUUACCUUGACCACUUUUAGCAUUAUGAUGCACAACAUCUUGUUUUUCCCAGUUGUUUUUUCUAUUCAGGUUACCUUUAAA